UUUUUUUUUUCCGAACGCCUUUUAAUUAUAUAAAGGAUGGAUUUACUUAAUAAUUACGGAUCAAGUGAUGAAGAAGAUAAUAAUACCAUUGCAACCCUAAAGCAAUCUUCAUUAAUAAAGGUUAACUCAGUCCCCGAUACAGGAUUUGAUCAUAUAUCCGGAGCCUUAUACACAGCGCCAACAGCUACAGAAUUAACUGUGAAUGUACCAUAUAACGACAUGAAUCGACCUGUGUUAGGACCUGACAAUCCUUUUUCACAACGACAACUAACAAUUCAAAAUGUAGUUAACGGUCAUGUUGAACAGCAAGCCAUUUCUGAAAUGGACUUUCGAACUCAAUACCGUACAUUUGAAACAUAUGGAUAUGCACGCGAUCCUUCUCUUAACACGACAAAUAACUUUGCUGGACAGACUGGUGAAGGCUUGAUGGGCACAGGUUAUGUAGGUAACUUGACAAAUGCAACCAAGUUGGGAGGUGUAACUAUUCAUGAUCGAGUCAAUCGAGAUUUACGACCUAAUAAAGACGCACGUAAAAAGCGUAACAAAAAAGGUAAAUUGGAUCAAGUGGAUGGACCUGACGCGUAUAUGGGACCCUGGGCUGGUUACGAGGAUGAUAAUGUAGGUAUUCCUACUGGUUUAAAUGAAGAACAAGUAGAACAAACUGAAACAAUAACAACACAAGCUCCUGCAAAAGCAACUGAAUUUUCAGUUAAAAAUAUUGCUAAUGAGACACAUACAGAGACAACCAUCUUCCAUGGAGCCUCAGAACAUGAUUAUUUGGGACGUACUUAUAUGGCAGUACCUCAAGAUGUAGAUGUUAAUUUGUUUGGUGAACCUGGUCAAAAAGAAAGUUUCAUUCCCAAGAAGUUAAUUCAUACCUGGGAAGGACAUGAAAAGGGAGUUUCUAGUAUUAAAUUCUUUCCUAAAUCUGCUCAUCUUCUACUUAGUGCUGGUAUGGAUAAUCAAAUUAAGAUUUGGGAUGUAUAUCAUGAUAGAAGUCUUCUUCGUUCAUAUCUAGGGCAUUCAAAGGCAGUUAGAGAUAUUGCAUUUAAUAAUGAUGGCACAAAAUUCUUGAGUGCAAGUUACGAUCGUAAUGUGAAAUUAUGGGAUACAGAAACAGGAAAAUGCAUUCGUACAUUUUCUACUGGAAGAUUACCUUAUUGUUGUACAUUUAAUCCAGCUAAACAAAAUAUUUUUUUGGCUGGUUACUCUGAUAAAAAGAUUGUUCAAUUCGAUAUAAAUACAGGAGAAAUUACACAAGAAUAUGAUCAGCAUUUAGGUGCAGUGAAUACCAUUACCUUUGUUGACGAAAACCGUCGUUUUGUUACAACUUCAGAUGAUAAAACAAUGCGUGCAUGGGAAUUUGAUAUUCCUGUUGUUAUUAAAUAUAUUGCAGAACCAGAUAUGUAUGCUAUUCCUGCAGUGACACUAUCACCUAAUAAAAAAUGGCUCGCUUGUCAGUCAUUAGAUAAUCAAAUUCUUAUUUAUGGUGCUCGUGAUAAGUUUAGAUUAAACAGAAAGAAAAGAUUUGCUGGUCAUCUUAUUGCUGGUUAUGCUUGUAAACCUGGAUUCUCACCUGAUGGAAGAUUUAUCAGUAGUGGUGAUUCUAAUGGCAAUGUUUGGUUUUGGGAUUGGAAAACGUGUAAAAUUUUGAAAAAGCUUAAGGCACAUGAAAAAGUUGUUACAUGCACUGAAUGGCAUCCUCAUGAAACUUCAAAGGUGGCUACCUCUAGUUGGGAUGGAUUGAUUAAAUAUUGGGAUUAAAAUUUGUUGUUUUUUUUUAUUCAAAUAUUACGUAUAUAUAAUGUUAAAAAUUUGUAAUGAAUAUAAUAUAUGUGUAUGAUAUUGACAAAAAUGGCUUUAAAGUAGAGUAGACCGUCUUUAUCUUAUUAGUAUAAUAUAUAUUUU